CGGCGCGCGCGCCCAUCUCACCAUCGCACCACGACGAUCUGCGAGCGCGUGUCUGCAUCUCGGCACCGCACCUCGCCGCACCCCGCCUGCCUCCUCUCCUCCUCUGCGCCCACUCGCGCACGCACGCGACGCUCGUCACUCUGCGCGCGCACCCCUCGCUCGGCCUCGGCUCCGCCCGUUCUUCGCACAUCUCGCGUUCCCACGCCUGCUCCCGGCGUCUGCUUGUCGUCGUCACGCGGUGCGCGCGCACAGCUCGCGUCUUCUCUCCCGCCUGCGUCUCGCUCCGCACGACUCUCUCUGCCAUUGCGUAGCACCAGGCUCAGCCGACGCGCGUCCGGCUGGCCUCCUUCCUAGCCCAUCAUGUCGAACAUCUACAACCACCGCUCCCUCGUGCCCUCGGCGGCGCCCGCGCCCGCGGCACCGCCGUCGGCGUCGACGGCACGCCUCAACGACCUGCUCGACUUUGUCAAGCACGAGUUUGACGUCAUCGGCAGCGAUGCCAGCCAGCUCAAGGGGCAGCGCGACGAGUUCGAGCACCGCAUCGGACAGCAGGUCAGCGAGGUGCAGAUGAUGCAGCAGCACAUCAUGGACCUCGAGUCGCGGCACACGUCGAUGGCGCAGCAGUACGAGGAGGAGAUCAAGCGCCUGCGGCAACUACUCGACUCGCGCGGCGGCGCGCCCGACGGACCCAUGACGGCCGGGCCAUCCGGCGGCGGAGCGCCGCCGCACCUGCCGACGGCCGCACAGGGUGGGCCGCCGUCGAUUGCACCGCCGCCGGGCAGCGGCUACGGCGGCAAGGCUCCGCCGUUCGGGCAGCCGCCGGGCGCGCCUGAGUCGUACCGCGGCCAGGGCGGCCCGGGCAGCAAUGGCGGACAGCAGGGCGGCUACGAGCGGGAUCAGCGCGAGCGCGAGCGCGAAAUGAUGAUGGGCGAGCGUGGAGCGCGCGAGCGGGAGCGCGGCAUGCCCAGCAACGGCAGCGAGGGCAGCCAGAAGCGCCUGCGCAUGGACGAGCGGCAGCACCAGGGCGGCUACGAGGGCGGCCCGCCGUCGCCGGAGAUGGAGCGGAAGAUGAAGGACGAGCGUCACGCCGGCUCGAGCGCGCCGUCGCCGUACCACGGCCCGCAGGGCGCACACGUGCCGAGCGGCGCCUACUCGGGCGCGCCGCAGGCGCGCGACGUUGACCCCAGCCCGGGCCCGGGCCCGGCAGCGGGCAACGCCAGCCUGGCAAACCUCAGCGACAUGGACCCGGAUGAGAUUCCCAAGGAGCUCAAGAAGGAGGGCAGCGACUGGAUGGCCAUCUUCAACCCCAAGGUCAAGCGCGUGCUCGACGUCAACCUCGUCCACACGCUGAUGCACGAGAGCGUCGUCUGCUGCGUGCGCUUCUCGCCCGACGGCCGCUUCCUCGCGACGGGCUGCAACCGCAGCGCGCAGAUCUACGACACCAAGACGGGCGCCAAGACGUGCGUGCUCUCGGAGCCGACGAACAAGAAGGGCGACCUGUACAUCCGCAGCGUGUGCUUCUCGCCCGACGGCCAGUACCUGGCGACGGGCGCCGAGGACCGGCAGAUCCGGAUAUGGGACAUUGCCAAGAAGAAGGUCAAGCACAUGUUCACCGGCCACAAGCAGGAGAUCUACUCGCUCGACUUUUCGCGCGACGGGCGCAUCAUCGCCAGCGGCUCGGGCGACAAGUCGGUGCGCAUCUGGGACGUGGGCAGCGGCAAGUGCCUGCACGUGCUCUACACCAGCCCCAACCUCGAGCACGGGCCCAGCGAGGCGGGCGUGACGAGCGUCAGCAUCUCGGCGGACAACCGUCUCGUCGCCGCCGGCGCGCUCGACACGCUCGUGCGCGUCUGGGACGCAAAGACGGGCCAGCAGCUCGAGAAGCUCAAGGGCCACAAGGACAGCAUCUACAGCGUCAGCUUUGCGCCCGACGGCAAGAGCCUCAUCUCGGGCAGUCUCGACAAGACGCUCAAGCUCUGGGACCUCACGGGCACGUCGCGCGCCAUGGACCGGCACGCCGCCGACGACGAGGAGCGCACCUCGAACGCCACGUGCGCCUCGACGCUCGUGGGCCACAAGGACUACGUCCUCUCCGUCUCGUGCUCGCCCGACGGCCAGUGGGUCGCCUCCGGCUCCAAGGACCGCGGCGUGCAGUUCUGGGACCCGCGCUCGGGCCAGGCGCAGUUCGUGCUCUCGGGCCACAAAAACUCAGUCAUUGCCAUCAACCUCAGCCCGGCUGGCAACCUGCUCGCCACGGGCAGCGGCGACUUCAACGCGCGCAUCUGGGCAUACGACCGCAUCGCCGACUGAGCGGCACUCCCUUGAGACCCCCUGUACUUCUGUGCUGUGCCAUGAAAUCUGUCUUUCAAG